AUGUUUGAUCCUGUCUUCUCUGAUCCUCCCCUUCUUCUUCUGUUCCCAAUACAGCUGCUGAUAGAACAAAGCCUUGGGGGCAAACUGCACACCCUCAAGUUUGUUUUUCUUGGGAAAGUGCAUAUGAUCAGCACAGGGCCAAUCAGCACUGUCCGGAUAGAGGGCCAGGGGUUAUGCAGCUUCAUAGGACAGUCAGAGCAGAAUGAAAACCCCUCCUACAAGAUUUAACCAGUGUUCUGCUGGACACUGAUAGAUGUGUUAAGACUGCUCUAACUGCUGAUGAGAAAAUAUAUUUAGCAGCUUAUAUUUACUAA